CUGCCCCCCAGACCGAAUCUGGAAGAUGGCUCCAUUAUGUCACCAUUAUGUUACUAUAGAAAGCCACAAUAAACAUUACAUUACUGUAGAAAAUCACAGUAAUAUUGAUACUACUGCAGAAACCAUCAUGUUACUGUAGAAAAUCAAAGUAACUAUUGUCGUACUAUAAAAAAUUACAGUAACCAUUAUAUUACUGUAGGAAAUCACAGUAACUAUUGUACUACUGUAGAAAAUCACAGUAACUAUUAUAAUACUGUAGAAAGUCACUGUAAUAUUGAUACCACUGCAGAAACCAUUAUGUUAUUGUAGAAAAUCACAGUAACUAUUGUACUACUGUAGAAAAUCACAGUAACUAUUAUAGUACUGUAGAAAGUCACUGUUAUCUUCAUACCAUUGCAGAAACCAUUAUGUUGCUGUAGAAAAUCACAGUAAUAUUCAUACUACUACAGACACCAUUAUGUUACUCUAUUUAAGAUAGCAGCUUUCCCUUGAAAAUCACCAAACAUUAUUUUGUAAUACUUUCAAAUAAAACCCUCAAAUUCAUGGUGCAGAUAAAAUAAUUUAAACGUGAGUUUGAAAUAAUUAUUUCUUUCAUAUGAAUUCAAAUACUUCAAGAUGGCAUUGUUUUGUCAUGCUUCUGCACGCUGUUACUUUCAGUUUUUAAAUUGUCUCAACGUUUAUCAGGUCAUGACAGGCUGUCUGUGAAGUCGUGAGCUGAUUGGUUGAGCCAAAGAAAAACAUCAUGUGAUCCCAAAUUUGAACAGCGUCACUGAGUCAGUCUAGGCAUCAAAGUAAUUUACUUCACUGCAGCUGGUUUCACUGCAGCUUUUGGAUUACAUAAUCUUUUUACCUUGUAGGAUUUUCUUUUUCAGAGUGCUCGUAUUCUUGUCUGUUUUUCCUUGGUGUAAAGUUGUCAGAUGGUAUCAAUGAUGGAUAAAGUGCACUUUCUUUAGAAACUGGGGGUAUGGAGAGACAUUAAUGCAUAAUCAUCUUAAGAGGGUACACCUAGUUCAGCAAUCAGAGUUACUUAAACCAAGUUCCUGAGACCUCUUUCUGGGGCCUGGCAUUAGUCUCUACAUAUAGUUCCAUCUCUAAGUCAGUCCAAAAAGCAGUGAGUAGACACUGGCACAUUUUGGAGAGCGACCCUCAUAUUGCAAGUGCAUUUCAAACUGCACCUAGAUAUUUUUAUAACUUAUGUGAUGUCUUAGUGAGGUUUGAUUUGCCUUAGAGUCACACUCACUUCUUGUCUCAGAUUCCCAGUGGAAAUUUUCCUUGUCAUAAUAGUUGUGUACAUUGUUAGGCUAUGAUUAAGGGUAAUUAUUUCAUCCAUCUGAAAUCUGGUGUGGAGAUUAAGGUUAGGAGCAGAAUCACAUGCAAUACAAAAUAUGUUGUUUAUUUGUGAAAAUGCCAUGCAAUUCAUAUUAUGUUGGUAAAAAACGAGAGUUAAAAACCAAGAUCUGUGAACAUAAGUGCUCCAUCCACAAUCAUGACGAUAAAUCAUCAAUGGCGAGGCAUUUUAACAGCCAUAACCAUAGCUUGUGUGACCUACAUUACAUGGCGAUUGAAACUGUGAAUAUGCCACAGAGAGGUGGCAACAGAGACAGAAUCCUUCAGCAGAGGGAGACAUAUUGAAUACACUCUCUGAAUACCCUCAUUUCCAAUGGGUUGAAUGAGGAGAUUUCAUUCUCUCGUUUCUUAUGAACUGAAUAUAAUUCUCUAUGAUUUGCUUUAUGUCAAGAAUCUGCUACAUGGUAAGGUGAUUUUAUUUGCUUGUUUUUCAUGAACUAAACAGAAUUCAUUUUUGCUUUUUGUUUAUUAUUGUAUUUCUAUAAUGUGUCAUGAAUCCACAUUAUAUGUUUGUAGCGCCCUCUGCUGGGAUGGACCUUUUGUACCAGUUGUGGAUAUCUAUAAUUAAUCCCACCUGUGUUGAGUGUGUAAAUUGCCAGAACACACGCUGAAGAAUGGUGUGUUGCCCAAUUAAAAAAAGUAAACUAGAUGUGCUGUCCUAGCCUUUUUUAUUCAUUUUCAUUACUUAAAGGAUUCAGCACCCUGCUUUAUUAUUGUGAGUCGAGCGUGUUGUGUCAUUUUUUUCAGAAAGUCGACUUUCUGACAUCUUACAGCUUGCUAACUUUACCAGCUAACAUUUAACUGCAGAGUGACUUACUCUGAAAUAAAGGACACAACAAACUCAGAAUAUUCAUAAAUGAGCACUGGAAGAUGUGGAAGACCAAAAAAUGUCUGUUGAUCAGAUAUUUUUUGCAGUGUGGACAGUGCACUUCUUGCAGCUUGGUGAGGAGUAACUAAUGUUAGCCGUCAGUCAGGAGCAGCAGCAGGAGUCACCAACAUCAGCAGCUGAUCAUCUUAUAGAUCGGUGUUACUGGAAACAAAGAAGAAGUGGAAGAAGAAAAAGAGUAAGGAAAACAACUCCCGGGAGGUAAAGUAUCAAACACUAACACAAACUUAGAGGGUGGGAAUUGUUUCAGUGUCCUGACGAAAACUGUAUAAAACAGAAACUGUUGAGUCACGGAAACCUAAUGGUGAUAACAAAGUGACAAGAAACAGGAAAACUGAGUCACGGAAACCUAACGGUGACAACGAAAGUGGCCGGUUUUCGUCACAAGGGUCAGUUGCUCGGAACGAAUGUGUCAUACAAACUGACUGGCUGAAACAAUUAGGAACAAUGGACGGAGAAUUUGACAGAGAAGUAGGUGAUGAUGGGUGGGGUACACCAAAUUGGAAACCAUUGUUAGUACAGGUUCAAAGAGUGGUAGAAACCAAGGAAGGACUACACUCUCCAAAAGAGAAAGAGAAAAAGAAAAGAGAAACCUGGGAAGAACUAAAAGUGUUGUUAAAAAAUAAAGGUAAAGACGGAACCAGAAAAGGAGCCAUUGGGGAAGUUAAUGUGGGAAAAAGAGAAGGAGUAUGGGGCAGAAAUAAAACAGGCGGAGGAGGAAGAAGAGAAGGCAAGCAUAAUACAGAAGACAAGGGAACAGAUUGAGGUACACAGCCGCAAAACAUCGCUUAGGCCGCACCCCAAACAAGCCCAACAUUUUGCGAUGCCUUUGAUUACAGCAGGGAACGGAGGGCAGAAGUACAGACCAUUUGGAUUAGGGGACGUGCAGGCUAUUGUGGAUAAGAUGCCACCCAUCUCAGAGGGAGGAGGCAGAUGGUUAGGGAAAUUGGAUAGCUUGACCGCAGGACAGACGAUGGCGCUAGGGGAUUUCCGAGCGGUUGCCUGCAGAUGCAUGAGUAGUGCAGACGAAAAAGAGAUAGAACAGGAAGCUAAAACGCACCGUUUGGACGACAAUACUCCAUUCCUACACGUAGUCGACGACCUAGGACAAGCAUUGAGGAACAAAUAACCCCUGCCAAACACUGCUGCAGUUCCGAAAAUGAAGUGGGAUGGUGAACAAAACCCCAGAGAGCAUUUGGAUAAAUGUAAAGAUAUGUGGACCCAACAGACAGGAUGUCACCCAGGUAAACCAGGAGUUCAGCAGGAGUGGUAUCGACAGGCGAUAUUAGAAGGAAUUCCUGAGACAGUAAAAAACGCCAUGAAAGAUAACCCUGACAUGGCGGGGUGCGACUCCCACACCUGGGAGAAACAUCUCAUACAUCAUUUGACCAGAGCGCUAGACAAAGUUCAGGAAGAGAAGGCCACCAUUAAAGAUCUGCAGUCCCAGCUCCUUAAGCUUCAGCUAGGGGAGGCCAGACAGAAAGUUAACAAGGCAAAAAAGAAAGAUGUGAAAAAUAACAAGGUUAUGGUGGCAGCGGCCACGUCAGACACACCUGAUCUCUUCCUGCAUUGCAACGCAGGAACAGGACAGGGGCAAUAUCUCAUAAGCCCCAUAGAGGAGCAACAAGCCGAGAUUUAUUGGGGACGGCUACUCCCCGACACACCUGAACACAAAGGCAUCCUCUCUGCCUUCAUGGCGUGGAAGCCCUGGAUCGCUUCUCUUGAGCCUUACGUGCCUCCCCUCGACCCCCCACAUGUCACCCUGUUCUAUGACAGAAACCAGACAGAAUGGUACCAAGAACAAUUUCAGGAGCAGUUAGCAGGACAGGAAUGGCAAACAGACACUUGUGAUUUGUAUAUAGCGCCAGAGGGUGUAGCUGCAGCAGUGCACCUCAACACAGAGCAGAAGCCAUGGUACAGGAUGAAUGAUGAAGCCGUUCCACACGUCUCUCUGGCGCUUCACCCUGAACAUGAGGCUAGGGAGCUGGGGGGCAUGGUCAAAAGAGCUGUGCAGUCUACAGAUUGGCAGAACACCCAAAUACCCUCGGUUAGUUUUUCACAAUCUAGCAACACAUACAGGAUAAAAGUCACCGCUGUCGAUCAUUGUCUGUUAGAGGCGACGCAAAUCUCUAGACAUCAUGGCAGGGAAAGAAAAGACCAUCCGGAUGCGGCAGGUGUAAUUGAAGCCAUGCCAUCACACUUGUGGGCUCAGGGGCCAACGGAUGUUGGGUUUGUGAGUUGUCAGCCUAUCACAUUCUCUGUUAAAACACUCGAACCUAUCUGGAUCAACCAAUACCCCCAUAAACCACAAGCUGAGGAAGGCAUUGCUGAUACCAUAGAAGGACUAUGGUCCCAGGGAGUGUUAGAGCUCUCCUCCUCAGAGUGGAACACUCCAAUUCUGCCAGUUGAAAAGAAAGGGACAGGUAAAUACCGUAUGGCGCAUGACCUCAGAGCAAUCAAUAACAUCCUGUUGACGCCCACCGUCCCUGUACCUAACCCCUAUGUCGCUUUAACGAACCUGUCUCCCGAACACUCCUGGUUCACCUGCAUCGACUUAGCUAAUGCGUUCUUUUGUCUUCCCCUAGCUGAGGAAUGCAGAGACAUUUUCUCGUUCACGUACAAAGGACAAUGGCUCAGGUACACCAGAUUACCACAGGGAUUCGCUCUCUCGCCUGGUUUGUUUAAUCAGGUGCUCAAAGACGCAUUACUCACCUGUCCACUGCCAGAAAGUGUAACACUCGUGCAAUACGUUGACGACCUCCUGUUAGCCGCACCAACCGCCCUCUCUUGUUUGGAGGCCACGCGUGUAUUGCUUCUUCAUUUGGCACAGCAUGGGUUCAAAGUCAGUAGAACUAAAUUACAGGCAGUCAGGAAACAGGUCUCUUUCUUAGGCCGAGUUAUUUCACAACAGCGUGCAGGCCUGUCACCCUCGCAUCGUGCCAACAUACUUCACCACCCACAGCCUUGUACAGUCAAAGACAUGCUGUCGUUCCUUGGUCUGACUGGAUACAGCAGAAAUUACAUCCCAAAUUACACAGGGCUUACGCAGCCCUUGCGAAACACUAUAAAAGAGGCUGGGAUGCGUAACCUCUCAGCUCACAUAAAUUGGACAUUGGAAGCCGAAGAAGCAUUCAUCAACCUCAAACAGUCUCUAGCAGCUGCAGCAGAUUUGGCGACACCAGAUUACACUGCACCAUUCCAUUUGGAUGUUUCUGGAACAGGGAAAGUUGUAAACGGCGUCCUGUUCCAGAAAAAAGGGGGAGGUAGACAGGUAUUAAUGUACGCCAGUGUCAUGCUAGACAACAUGGAACAAAGACAUCCCACAUGCACACAAUACGCGGCCGGAUUGGCAAAACUGAUUCAAAAGAUAGCUCACAUAGUGAUGGGACAUGGUCUACAAGUACUGAAAACACAUGGCGUAGUAGCAUACGUCAAUUCACAAGCAUUCACCCUCACAUCGCUGCGCCAGCAAAAACUAAGCAGAAUACUCGACGCCCCAAACAUCACGUACACUCAUGAAGGCAUCAAUAUGGCAGACAGAAUAGGGACUGGAGAACCACAGAGGUGUACAGAGAGGGUCUGGGUAGAGCUUAAACCUAGAACAGACCUGCAGGCGGAAGCCAUAGAAGGGGGAAGGAACUACUACACAGACGGGUGUUGUUAUAGAGAUGAAAAAGAGGGACUCAAAGCAGCGUACGCGGUAGUGGAGGAGCAGGAAGGAGGGUUUCAGGUGAGAGUAGCAGGGAGGCUGCAAGGACAACAGUCAGCACAAAGAGCAGAAAUUAGGGCGCUGAUCGAAGCUCUGAAAGCAGGGGAGGGAGACAUUGUAAAUAUUUAUACAGAUUCAGCAUAUGCAACAGGAGCCGUGCAUGUAGAACUAGGACAGUGGCUGAGAGCAGGGUUCCUGACAGCCACUAACAAACCAAUAAAGCAUGAAGAGGAGAUGAAAGAAUUAGCGGAAGCCUUAAUGUUACCAUCUCAGGUGGCGGUGAUCAAGUGCAAAGGCCAUGACACCAGUAGAAGCCAGGUAGCACGAGGAAAUGCAGCAGCAGACAGGGCUGCAAAGGAGGCCGCGGGAUAUACUGACAGGGCAAUGUUAGUAAGAACAGAAGAUGAGGAAAGGUUAGACAUGAGCCUAGAAAAUGUCUCCAAGAUGCAGAGACAAGCCUCGCCACAAGAGAAAAUUAUGUGGGAAGCGAGGGGGGCGGUAGAGAAAGACGGGGUAUGGAGAAGCACUGACGGAAGGUUAAUUCUGCCCCCCGGUAUGAGGAGCACCGCUCUAGAGGAAGCCCAUGGGGUAGGUCAUGUAGGAGUAGCUCAGAUGAUGAGAAAUCUGAAACAUUGGUGGCACCCAUUCAUGAAGGAAAUGGCAAAAGAAAUGAUACAGACAUGCGAAGUGUGUAGCAGACACAACCCCAGAACCACCAUUAAACCAGAAGCAGGAAGGUACCCUCUGAUUACUCAGGCAGGUAAAGAGAUCGUUAUCGACUAUACAGACAUGAUUGAAGCGCACAAAGGCUAUCAAUAUGUACUCAUGUGUGUGGACGCUUAUACAGGUUGGCCAGAGGCAAUUCCCACAAAAAGAUAAAAUCCGAAAAGAUAAGAUCCGAUAAUGGGACCCACUUCAAAAACCAAGACCUACAAAAGGUAGAAAGACUGCUGGGCCUAAAACACGCUUUCGGUACGGUCUACCACCCCCAGUCUCAGGGAAAGGUAGAGCGAAACACGGUUGGCCAAAAUAUGUGAACAGACAAAACUCAACUGGGUUGAUGCCCUGCCACUAGCCUUAAUGUCCAUCAGAGCAUCAGUUAACCAGGGUACGGGACACACACCAUUUGAGCUACAGACCGGUAGGAUGUUUCCAGGUCCUGGGGAAAGAAUGAUAGGAGUAGCAGAAACUGAGAACAUAAUACCCGCCAGGACCUACUUUAAUGAUCUCCAAGCUUUGCUUUCAGAAUACUCCACCCAGGCCCUCCAGAAGGAUCAGGGCCAAGAGAGAGCAGAGGUGGUGCCCACAGCCGACUGGGUUCGUUUGAGAGUCAUCAAGCGGAAGUGGUCAGAGCCAAGGUGGACUGGCCCAUAUUGAGUCACAGAGAGAACAUCCCACGCGGUCCGCUUGCAAGGUAAAGGGGACACCUGGUUCCAUUGGAGCCAGUGCACAGCAGCAGAGGAGCCUAGGAGGUCGCAGAGACAGGUCCAGGGGGACCUGUUGAACCAGAGCUCAGGACCGGCUGGUCCUGAGACCGAGCUUUCCAAGAAAGGGGCAGAAUAAUCCCCUGGAAAGCUCAUUGGGGACGUAGGGCAGUCUACCCCUAGGUCCCGAAGAGGAGAGAUCACGCACCCUCCAACCAACAACAGGAAGAAGAACUAUAUGCAGCCCGUACCAAGACGAGUGAGAGAAAGAGCCCUAACCCUAACGAACUAUCAGGCAGAGUUUAAAAGGGCUCCUUGAAGGGAGUCCCUUGGGGCUGAAAGAUUUGGAAGGUCCAUAUGGGGCAGAUGAGUGAUCUCUUUAGUAGAGAUCAAAAGGGGGAAUUGUGAGAGGUAAUGGGAAACACACAUUGUCAUAUUAAUCCCAAUGCUGAUUUAAACUUAUGUUAACCAAGUAUGUUUUAUAUGCCUUGUUCAAUUGAGAAGUGAUAUCGAAAGGUCAUGUCCUUUGCUUGCCACGGUUGCUGUCAACAGGAUGAGUUAUGCAACAAUAAGUGGAAGUUAAAAGUUCACUGUUUUCUGAGUAUUGUGUCUGCAGACGCAUAAGCAAGAAAGUAGAAGUAUGUGGUUAGAUAUGUGGAUUAAGAGCAUAUCGAGAACUAGAUCAAACCAGACUGAGGGAGACAGAAAUAACCUUAAGCAUGGGUGGUGAAUUGGGGUAAAAAAAAUGGAGGAAGACAGCUCCUUUUCUAAGAAAUGAUAGACAAAGAGCCAAUUGGGGUCCAAACAAUAGAUACACCCAAAAAGGGGAUGAAAACAAGGUGAUGAUCACUCCUGCUUUUGAGUCCAGUCUCUCCCAUCAUCCAGGUCUUACUGUGCAAGGAGAACCUGAACCUGAGAUCCUGCGUACGAUCAAAUGGAUGCUGCUGAUGGAGACUUGACUUCACCACCACCUUGGCUGUCCUCUUCACAUCUUGCUAUAUGGUCAGUUCUAUCUGGAGUCUGUUCAAAAGAUAGCUGUCAUUCAAUUUGCUAAAGAACAUGAAGCAGCAGCUCCUGACCUGCAAGGAUCCAAAGUCUUUUGGCCCAACAGACUUGUGAUGCAAAGUGGACACAUUCACAAACACAAUUUUAAAUACUCUAUGGACACCUGAGUACUUGCUGACUUUACAUCUCCCACAGUACUCAAGAGUGUAUUCUUUCAAGGAAAUAACAGUGUCUAGUAGGGAUGUGCAGAGAGCCCAGUAUUUGUAUUUGUAUCUGUAUUUGUUGA